AUGGCAAUCACGCAGUUAAUCGAGCCGCAGCCGCUGCAGACUAGUAGGGUGGCGCUAAACGACGUUAAAAAGAGCCUCUUAGUGGCGCUCGGGAAGCUCAACGAUCGCGACACGCAGCAGAACGCCGUCGGCGAUCUACAGAACAUCGUGGAGUGCCUGCCGCCUGAAGGCAUUCCCGUCUUCCUCUCCUGCCUCUACGAGACUGACAGCACCCAUCGUACCUUCGUCCGGAAAGAAUGCCUCAGGCAAUUCGCCAUCCUUGCGAUGACCUUCGGCCCGCUUCUGUCGCCGCACCUCCCCAAGAUCGUCGCAGCCGUCGUCCGUCGCCUGCGCGACCCCGAGUCCACCUUAAUCGAAUCCUGUGCAGAAGCCAUGGCGACACUCGUUCAGCACGUACCCCCACCUCCCCACGAUACCGUCCCGGGGGCCAUUCCCGUCGGCGGCUUCGGAGCUAUGGGCGUUUACGUGCGGCCUCUGCUAGACACACUCGGCGAGCAGAGCCGAAACUCGCAGGCAGGCGCGGCGAUCUGUCUCGACCGCGUUUUCCGGGCUGCCCGGGAGAAAAUGGAGCCGUGCGCGGCGCGCGUGCUGAUGCGAGCGAACGGGAUGCUCUCGCGGCAGGGGUUUCAAGCGAAGGCGCAGCUUCUGGGCGCCGUUGCGAGCCUUGCCGAGGUCCUUUGGAACUCGACAAGUGCUGCUAUUCGUUGUUAUCUUAUCCCCUCCUCGUCCGUGUCGUCAAGAGCUGCCCCCCACCGCCUUCGUUCCUUUCCGCGCCGUCUUUCCGCGCAGGUGUGCGGGGAGUCCAUGGGCGCGCAGGUGCCCGUGCUGGUGUCCGCCGCGACCGCUGCCGUGGCGUCCGCGGACUGGGCCACGCGCAAGGCGGCGGUGGACCUGCUGGGGCAGCUCGCCAUCAACCUGCCGGCGGAGUUUUUGGGGGAGAGCCGCGCGGCAGUCAUGAAGGCACUGGACCAGUGCAAAGGCGAUAAGGUGAAGAAUGUGCGCGAUUCACUGGCGCAGGCGAAGCAGGCGUGGGCGUGUGUGGAGUGGGAGGACCCGCCAGCAGCCGGGCAGCACCAAGUGUUGUCUGUGCCGUCCCUCGCGUCGGAAUCAGCAGUCACUGCAGUGCAAACUCCGUCGCUCUCCUCUGCUGCUGCUGUUGGCAGCGCAUCAGGAAGGCGUGCCAGUUUCUCGCCUGCUCCGGCAGAGAAAGACAGAAGCAUCGGCGGCCACUCUCUCAAGCUUCAAGGCCGCUCAUCCUCGCUUGUAGCGGACCCGGAGUGGGAGAGGGAUGAGGAGGAGGAAGAUGAGGAUGAGGAGGAAGAUGAGGAUGAGGAGGAAGAUGAGGAUGAGGAGGAAGAUGAGGAUGAGGAGGAAGAUGAGGAUGAGGAGGAAGAUGAGGAUGAGGAGGAAGAUGAGGAUGAGGGGGUGAUGGAGGGAGAAGAGAAUGGGCUCAGCGGGGGAGGGCGGAGAGGAAGGGGAAGGAGCAGUAAAGGCACUUGCGCUGCUGCUGCAAUAGCUGUGGCGGAGGCAGUGGAAGCAGAGGUGCAGAGACUGAGGCAACGAGUGGCUGACAUGGAGCGACAGCAGGACAGCUACCAGGGCAUGGUGGAGGCCGGGGGGUUCGAGGGUGCUUAUAAAGAGGUGCUGAAGGCUGCAGAUGCGGGUGCUAUGGUGCGGCUGAUGGGGCGAACUGGGCCUGUGCUGGGGCAUCUGUCGCCAGAUACUGGGGCGGAGGUUAUACGACGCAUGGUGGAGCUGCUUAUAAGGGGGACGUCCGUGGAGUACCUGCUGCCGUGGGUUCGGCAGCUGCUGGACAUAGUGACGGACGAGUCCUCUCUGCCCUAUGGAGCAGAGGGCCCAGCAGUGGAUGGGCAUUUGAAGCAGCACGUGCUGGCAGCGCUGCAGCAGGUGGUGAGCGCUGAUGGGGGCAGCUGGGUGGGGCGCUCUGCAGGCGACUACCGGCGACAGCUGGCCGAUGCAUGGGGGAUGUGA